AUGUCCCUGUCCCACACCCCUAUCCCGGUGUCCCCUGUCCCGGUGUCCCCUGUCCCGCCCGCCGGGCUCUUCUCCUUCAGCAGGCCGGGCGCGGCCGUGCAGCCCUCCGGCUUCAGCUUCGGCUCGGCCGCCGCGACCCCCGCGGCCCCGGCAGCCGCCGCCUUCCCGCUGGGGGCAAACACCACAAAAGUGAACUUUGGAGCCAGCACUGCCACUUCAGCUCCUGGAAUCACGGGGGGCUUUUCUUUUAGUGCCCCUGUUGCAACCAGCACACCCUCGAGUCAGGCAGCAGCCCCGUCCGGCUUUUCCUUUGGCUCUGCUGGCACCAGCAGCACCAGCACGGCUCCGUCUGGGACGACAGGAGGCUUCACCUUCUCCAGUGGCACCACGACUCAGGCGGGAACAGCCGGCUUCAGCAUCGGCACCGCGGCUCCGCAGGCAACGUCCGCGGGGCUGACCUUUGGCACGGCCCCUGCGGCUGCUGCCACCACCAGCACGGCCACCCUGGGAGCGGCCACCCCGUCAGCAGCGCCCUUCAGCCUCGGGGGGCAGUCCACAGGUCUAACCUUUGGGGCACCGCCUUCAACAGCAGCCACCAGCACAACCACGGCAACGCUGACCACAAGUACCAGCCAGGCACCCACCCUGUCCUUUGGAACCAAGCUUGGAGGUAGGAAGCUGUUCUAGAAAACAAUUCCUCAAGGCUUUGGGAAAUCCUCCUGGCAGCAUUUGACUAUUGGAAGUAGACAAAUGCACUGGGGUGUGGGAAGGGGCCAGAAGCAUUUGUUCCUGUGAGUUUGCCCUGGCAGGGGUGACCUGUGGCAGCUCCUAGAGCCACUGGUCAGUGUGUCCUGUGUUUCUGAUUGUGUCCCACAUGCCAGAUUCUGUUCUGUGC